AUGUACACUUCUAUGCAGCGACGAGGACAGGAUGACAGUUUGAAGCUCCGUGAAGGGCUAUUCGCAGAAUAUCUAGAAAAGCAAGAGGUGACGAGGAGCAGGAGGGAGAGGGAGGACGAGGAUGAACGCACGAGAAUUAAGGAAGAAGAUGACUACGGGCUCGAGCGAAGAUCAGAAGAGGACAGGAAGCUAAUCCGAGAAAGAGAAGCGGAGGAUCAACAAAUACGCGUGAGAAGAGCACAAGAAGAUAUGAAAAUACUUCAUAAAAGGAAAGAAGAAGACGGGAAAAGGUUCCAAUUGACAGAAGCCAGCCGGAAAGAGAAGGCGGAGAAGAGGCGGCUAGAAGAUUUGGGAGAUCGUGGAGAGUACGAAGCCAAUAAACGAGUCACAUUAGAAAAGCUUAGCUCGUUCGUGGAAGACGCCACGGACGCGGUUUGCGAAGGCCUGGCGAGACCCAGAGCAGGUGGGCAAGACCAAGGACAGCCAGCUGAGGCUACAGCCCAAAAAAAGAGCGGCAUGGAAGAACCUGAACAAAGACCAGGCCACGGCACAUGA